CGGCACAUUCGGCAGACGCACGCACACUACAGUGUGGAGUGCAGUUGGAGCCGGAGUGUAAGGACGCGUCCCGAUUCUUUGGAUGAUCAUCUGACUCCGCUUUUGGUGCGCGCAAAGGAGACGUCAAAGCGGAGCAUACGCGGCCUUCCGACCACCCCACACCCCCCCCACGCCGGCUCGGAUUCAGCUCGAAGGAGCUCCAGGAGCGCUGCGCGAACGGCGUACUUGACUGGCACUGUCACUGUGGCGCAACAAGCAUGGGAUUAUUAUUCGGUGCGUAAUGUUGCCACGGGGCCAAUGCGGGAAAGCGCGCCGCCGCGGGACCAUGUGAGACGUUCCUGAUCGUGCCUCUCUGUGUUUGUGUGUAAUGUGUGGAUAGUAAACCCCCCCGCACCCUCCCCCGCCCCCCGGACCCCCACACCUCACGCCCCCGAGGAUCGCGCGACAAGUGAAGCGUUUUGUGCGCAAAAAGGAUUUUCUUUUCUUUCUUUUUUUGGGAACGCCGCCACCAACAUGGACGCGGCACCCACGGACCCGCCAGGAGCCCCUUUUUAAUGGUCCCGUUUUGUAAAUUGCAAACUUGAUGGACGCGAAGCCCACCGCCCCCAACCAGCACCGCUGCGGAUUCUAACACCUCUCCCGGAUUUGGAUUUGACAACACCAUGAACUUUAUUGACAGUUUGACACUAUUAUUUCUGACGCUGUCGGCUGUCAAGAGUGCCCAAUUACCGAGGGAAACGCAGAGAGGUCCACAUGACGUGAUCCCGUUGAUGGAGGUGUACAACAAGAGUUUGUGUCAACCUCGGGAGCUGCUGGUGGAGAUCCUGCAGGAGUACCCCGAGGAGGUGGAGCACAUCUUCAUCCCGUCGUGCGUCGUGUUGACGCGCUGCGCCGGCUGCUGCAACGACGAGACGCUGCAGUGCAUGCCCACGUCCAGCUAUAACGUCACCAUGGAGAUCAAAAGAAUAAAAACCCAAAGGCAACAAAAUGAUAUCUUCAUGAGUUUUACAGAGCACAGCGCAUGCGAGUGUAGGUUAAAGAAAGAAGUGAAAGAGCUGCGAGAAAAUGUUUGCAAGCCGUGCUCAGAAAGAAGGAAGCAUUUAUUCUUGCAAGAUCCGCAAACCUGCCGCUGCUCCUGCAAACAUACCGACGAGUUUUGCAAAGACCGCCAACUAGAGCUCAACGAGAGGACCUGCAGAUGUGACAAGCCCAGAAGAUGAGGGAGGAGGAGCAGCGCACACAAAAGAUGAAGGAAUACUCCGUUCUAUUAUUAGAACGUAAUAUAACGGAUAUUUCACAGCACAGCACUUUGCCAUUUUUCUUUUUUUUGGACCCGAAAGCUCCUAUUUUCUGUGGAAAGCAUUCCACUCCGGACUUUCAGAGAGAGACGGACAGUUUGCCUCCCAGUGUAUAUCUACAACACGUGCGUGUGUGCGUGUAGGCCAGCAUACCACACAAUUGUUUGCUGCUACAAAAAAAAAAAACACACACACACACUCACACAACAAUCAAACGACUAAAACAAUGCAUCAUUUGAUGGAAGCGCCUUCUAACCACCCUGUUGCUUUUACUUCACUGGAUGCGAGUCUACUGUGCUGGUGCACACAAAUAAAAAAAAAAAAAACACGCCUGGAGAUUUAAGACGGCUGUAAGACGACAAGGAUAAGGAGGAAGAGCUUUGUGGCGUGGAUUCACACACGGAUGUCUGAUUUUACUGGCAAAGCGGGUGAGGGAUCUUCCUAAAGACGGCUGCUUUUUUUUCCAAGGGGGGUCAGGGGGACAUUUUCAGCACACGACAUGAGGAGUGCCUUGAAAGGGAUACUGCAAGCCAAUGUGCUAUUAUAGUUGGCGUGAAAGAAAAAAACCACUGAAUGAAAACUCUACUGUAGUUUGAUUCCAUCGGGAAAACCAGUGCCUCGCUUGAAAAAGAAAAAAGAAAAAAAAAGACUCAGAAAAAGUGCUUUAUAAAUUAUUUGUUCCUUUUUUUUUCCAGGAAAAUGGGGAUUUAACGCAGUAGUGCUUUGAUUACACGUCCUCUCUGAACUUGUACAUACCUAAUAUUAUCCAUACAUGCCAUAGUCCAUUCUAGAUAAUUUAUAAUGUCAUAGAGUAUUUUUCAGUAUUCAUUUUAUUGCCCAUAUUUAAUGUGCUCUAUUUAUAUAUGCUGUGUUGUGUCCCAACUCUCCUGGCGACUGUCCGGUUUGGCAAGGAUUCUCCUGUGCUUUUAUUUUGUUUUAUUUUUUUUUUACACAUAUAACAGAAAAAAAUUGCCAACCAGAAAAAAAAAUCUGAUAUUUACUAACAUUCCCUAAAUGGUUCCUUUGUAGCGAGGAGGACACCUGAAUUAAGCAACGUGUGCGUUCAACUUUUAGCAUCUGCGUCGAGGUGUACGGAAGGAAGUACCACGUGUGUUUUGUCCGUCCUGCAACGCGCAAUUACAGAAAAACUACUGCUACAAAAACCACUACUACCACCACCACAUGUUCGUAAUAUAUCCAGAAAACAACAACCUCCGCCAUCAGUCUUAGAAACCUGAUUUAUUAGCUCCUUUUUUUGUUGUCCCGACACUAAUAGCCCGUUUCUGUGUCCAUGUAAAACGGUAAAGCAUAUUUAUUUACAAAUUAUAUUGUUUUUAUAUAAAAUACAGAAAACGG